CUUGACUUCUUGCCUCAGUGUUUUUACUUGGAAUUACCGUAGUCGUCUCCCCAACUCCUGUUUUGAUUCGUCUCGCAACUUCGAGUACGAAGGAAACAAACGGUCAUACAUUAUGGCUCGUUUAAUCCAUUCUAGGUUAUCCCUAUCCAGAUUCUUCAAUACAUUAGGUUCAACCGGGAGAGGAAGAUAUUUAUCGACAGGAUCUAAUAAAAUCGAUGAAGAACUUAAAGUAGAGGAUGCUGAAACAGUUCAAGUUCCACAUCCUCCAGAGGAGAAGUUACUUGUUCUGGGUGGAAGUGGGUUUGUUGGCUCACAUAUAUGCAAAGAAGCAUUAGAUCGUGGAUUGUCUGUUUCUAGCCUUAGCAGAUCUGGCAAGCCAUCUAUUCAGGAACCAUGGGCUAACAAUGUGCACUGGCAUCAAGGGGACUUGCUGUCUGGCGGCUCAUGGAAGGAAGCAUUAAACGGAGUGACCUCCAUUGUGUCUUGUGUUGGUGGUUUUGGUUCCAAUUCCUACAUGUACAAGAUCAAUGGAACUGCAAACAUCACAGCGAUUAGAGCUGCAGCUGAAAAAGGAGUUAAAAGGUUUGUUUAUGUAUCUGCUGCUGACCUUGGUGUGGUCAAUUACUUUCUACAAGGAUAUUACGACGGAAAGAGAGCUGCUGAAACAGAGUUACUGGUGAGAUAUCCAUAUGGACAUGUGAUUCUGAGGCCUGGCUUCAUUUAUGGAACUCGUCGUGUUGGCAGAAUGGAGUUGCCUCUGGGUGUCGUUGGCAGCCCACUAGAGAUGGUUCUCCAACAUGCAAAGCCACUGAGUCAAGUUCCGCUUGUUGGUCCACUGUUGACACCUCCCAUAAACGUUACUGCUGUAGCAAAAGUGGCUGUUAGAGCAGCUAUCGAUCCAGUGUUUCCUCCUGGCAUAGUUGAUGUCCAUGGAUUAAUGCGUUACAGCCACCAGAAGUAACCAUUCUGCUGUAGUCUUCCCUGAUUCCUUUUCAAUCUUUUACAUACUGAGAGCAAUAAUAAAUUUAGAUCAAUGUUUGAUAUCUCCCCAAUUGCAUGUAUCCAUAGUAUAUCACCUCUUCACAACUCCAUUCAUAGUUUUUUGUGAUACAAUCCCAGAGUAAAAUAUGGAUUUCGUCCUUG